CGAAUAACUUUCCUUUCUCGCUUUUCGCCGGCUGCUCCUAAUUAACCGCCGCGCUUUCCUUCCCUCAUUCCUUCAUUCUCCACCUGCCCCGAAAAUUUUCAAUUUAGGGUUUCGGAUUCGCUGAGCUUUUCGCCGUUCGAAGUUAAGAUUCAGUCGAACCUCUAGAGCCAGAGAAAACCAACAAACACAGAGAGAGAGAGAGGGAGCUCCUCCUUGCCUCGAAGGAUGUGGAUAGCGUUAUGGCUGAGUCUAGGGCUUGUGUAAUAACCGCGGCGAACCGGAUUCACCAGAGGCAGCAGCUGUCGAUCUCCGUCGCCGAAUUCCAAUUGCGGGGGUCGAGUAUCAUGAUUCUUUUUGGGUUCGGGUGUCGAUUCCGCUUCCAGUCGGCAUUCGAUUCGUACUCCGUCGCUUGUGAGGCGUUCUCUGAACAUCGCCGCAGCCUGCGCCAGCUUCUCUAAUAGAGGCCAUCCCCCCCUCUCCAUCUUUCUCCCUUCUUCUUCUUUGCUCACGUUUUCUUUGCUAUUAUUCGUUUCUCCCCCUCCCCUUCUCGUCUCCUUUUGGUUUGGAUCAUCUUCUCGUGCUUGAAUUGAGUAUGGGGGAUUCUGGUUCGUGUGACGAUGGCCUGGUUGUGGAAAAGGAUCCGUCGGGUCGUUACGUUCGGUAUGAUGAGAUCUUGGGCAGAGGGGCAUUCAAGACUGUAUAUAAGGCAUUUGAUGAGGCUGACGGAAUAGAAGUUGCUUGGAACCAAAUGAGCAUUGAAGAUGCAUUACAGACACCGGAACAGUUGGAGAGGCUAUAUUCGGAGGUUCAUCUGUUGAAGUCACUGAAGCAUGAAAACAUCCUCAAGUCCUACCACUCUUGGGUUGAUGACAAAAAUAGAACUAUCAACAUGAUUACGGAGUUGUUCACUUCUGGCAGCUUGAGGCAGUAUCGCAAGAAGCAUAAGAAUGUUGAAUUGAAGGCUAUAAAAAACUGGGCUAGACAGAUCCUUAGAGGUUUACACUAUUUGCACAGUCAAAGCCCUCCUAUCAUACAUCGUGAUUUGAAAUGUGACAAUGUGUUUGUCAAUGGGAACAAUGGGCAAGUUAAAAUUGGAGAUCUUGGAUUAGCUACUAUCAUGCAACAGCCAACUGCUCGAAGUGUUAUAGGUACUCCUGAAUUCAUGGCUCCAGAGCUCUAUGAUGAAGAGUACACAGAACUUGUCGACAUCUAUUCUUUUGGCUUGUGCAUGCUCGAGAUGGUUACAUGUGAAUACCCAUACUGCGAAUGCAGAAAUCCUGCGCAGAUAUACAAGAAAGUUUCUUCAGGUGUAAAGCCAGCUUCCCUUGCUAAAGUUGAUAACCCUCAAGUUAAGGAGUUCAUAGAGAAGUGUUUAGUCCCAGCACCUGCAAGACUGCCUGCUAUUGAACUGCUAAAAGACCCAUUUUUAGCAGCAUCAGUCAGUACAAAGGAAGCAGUUAUACCUUCUGAUUCUCUGGAAUUGUCAAGUCUGAUUCUCGGGCAAGGCAACUCACUUCAAUCAGAAUCAUUUCCCAUGGAAAUAGAUAUUAAUAGCAAGAAGUCGUCAUCAAAAACUUCUUGCAUCGAAAGCAUGAACGAAGCCAUGCAGCUCUCACCUCUAGAAGUUGAGAGGUGCACCGAGACAACUGGGUUCAGGUUAAGAGGGGAGAAGAAUGACAAGAAUACGAUUUCAAUGACUCUCCGCAUUGCUGAUUCAUAUGGACGGGCUAGGAACAUACACUUCUCCUAUUUUCUGGAUUCGGAUACUACUCUCACAAUAGCAGAGGAGAUGGUUGAACAACUUGAAUUGCCAAGUGAAGAUGUUGCUGUGAUUGCUGAGUUGAUCGAUAGCUUGAUAAUGAAGCUGCAUGGUGCUGAUAUGGUGCAGCAGAAUGGUUCUUUCGGUAGUAACAAUACUCAGCUGCUGUUCGACAAAGAUCAAGAAGAGGGCCGGGCGACAACAAUCAUUUCCGACAUCUCUAGCUCUGAGUUUUAUCUCACCACAGUGUCUUCCUCAGAUGAUUUCAUUAGCAACAACCAGCAACAACCUGUGAUGUUGUCUUCUUCUCCUGACUACUACGGCCUGGGACAGGAUGCAAGUGAAGAGAUCAUCAGCUCAGACUGUAUUGGUGUGAAUAAUAAUAACAAUAUGAGCUGCUUGUCCAGCAUCUGCUCUCUGUCUCUUGGAGAAGAAGACAAGCAGCAGCAAGAAGGUGACGAGCUGCAGCUGGAACUGGCUGCAAUUGAUAUGCAGUACAGUAUGCUCUUCCAAGAACUGUCGAGGAUGAGGGAGGAAGCAAUGGAGAAUGCGAAAAUGAAGUGGAUGGCCAAGAAAAAAGUAGCUAGUGUUAUGUGAUUAUGAUUUGUAUUAGUUGUAGAUUGCUCCUUUAGUUCUUGUUUUGGUUUGAUUCUUUUUGUCCACAAAUCUUUGUUUGCAUCCAGUGAUUGAAUUUUAGUUGUGGCUGGGGCAAGUCAAAGAAAUUCUUUGUUUUUUUCCCUCCACCUUUUGUCUUUUGUGGUGGCAUUUCAUUGUUCGUUGAGUUUACCACUUGAUCAUUGAAUUCUACUCUCAGAUUUUUCUGUGUACAUAACUGGAUUAGUUGCUAAGUAUGAUCCCCAUUAUUCUUCAAAGAAUUUUUUGUUAUAUGAUGUAGUUGAAUUAUUCCGCAAAGUAGCAGGAUUAAAGGGGAAACUGAUUA